AUGCCAAACGAGGUUAUUCUUUGUAUUUGGGAUCAAUUAUCAUCUGCUGAUGUCAUCUACAGCUUUUUAAAUCUUAACACUCGUAUGAAUUCUCUGUUAUUAGAAUUUCAUGGACUUUACCAACAACUGGAUUUACGUUACUGUUCAUUAUCAGCUUGUCGUUUCCUGUGUCGUCAAGCGCCAACUAUGUUUGAAUGGCGUCUUGGUCUUACUGUUCUUAAACUAGGUAGUCCUGUUCGAUGUUCUCAAAUGGAUUUAUUUGUAGAUGAGGUGGCAAAGUCAGUUGUCGCAAAUCAUUAUGAAAGACAAGGAAAAUCAGCUGAUAAGAUAUCAAAAGAUAUCUGUCUUAUUUUAAUAGCAUACAAACACAUACAACCGAUAUUUCCUCAACUCGUUUCUUUGCAUAUUUUUCUAACUACAUCAGCCAACGAAGAUACCAUCAAUACACUGUUAUUGGCUAUAGCUGGUGGAUCAGCGAUGCGUACAUUUGCGUUGAGUUCUUGUGCCAAUCAAACUCACCAUUCACGAGCUUUCUUCGAUUGGUUAUUUCGAUGUUCAGUCAAUCUCAUUCAAUAUAAACUGCAGUCUUCGAUAGCUGAAGAUGGUUUUGAAAUUAUGUACGAACAUACAAUUGUUAAUACUUAUGUUCCACAUUACUCUCUUGUCCAUCUCAAAAUCAAUAUUCUCAAUUUAAACACACUCUAUGUACUUCUUCAUUAUCUUCCUGAGCUUGAACAUUUAGAUGCAAAUAUCAGCGGUAUUAUUGGCCAAAUCAAUACUCUUGAUCAAAAUCUAAUAACAAAAUUCAAUUGCCCGAAAAAAAUUCGUGUAUUGAUUUUAAGAAACUUGAAAAUUGUGGGACCCAAUUGUAGUUAUCUGGAGCAAUUAGUUGAUAAAUUCAACAAUACACUGCAAGAAUUUUCUUUGUUUUUAACUCAUUACUGUAAUGGCGAACUUGAUAUAUGCUUUGAUGGUCAUCGUCUUGCUGCUCUUUGUAGUAGAUUAUCUCAUUUGCGAUCACUCCAUUUUGUCAUCCAACUGCAAUUCAUAGAGUCACCAAGUAGACAAAUAUUGUAUGACUUUAUUGAAGCUUUUCGUACACCUUUCUGGCUCGAUGGACCAUUGGGUCGCAUACGAGUGUGCGUGAAUUAUCACCAAGUAUUUGACUAUGUACAAAUAUUCUCUCUUCCAUACACAUUUUUCGACAAUACUGUAUAUCGUACAAUCGAUCUAAUCGAUGCACUAUUCAAUACUAGUGAGAAAGGGCAAGAAAUAUCAAAUGAUCUAUCUAUAACACUUAGAAGUUUCUGGUGUGGUAUAAGAUGUUUGUUUAUCUCUUUGGUUGAGAAGCAAAAAAUACCAGUUUCAUUUCUAUACGCACUUCAAUGUCCCCCCAGUCAGAACAAAACAUUAGUAAUAUCGCACGCAAGAGGAAUAUUACCGGACGAUAUUGAUGAUCAUAUACAGCUUACGCAUUUCGCCACACUCCAACUAAUGUGUACAUCUGACACCAUGACUAAUUAUGAUCUUCAACAAUUAACUGGCUGGCUGCGUUUGUUACCAAAUACAAAAUGUUUGUUUGUUAGUACAAAUGAAUUGAAUUAUUGGAUUACUAAUAGUCGUGACAAUGAAUAUCUUGAUGCUUUUCUUCAGCGUCUUGAUCGACUACAUAUAGAAUGUUCGUCUAUAAUAAAUAAACAUUUGAAUGAAGAAGUGAUGAUUCCACUUCUUUCUUUCGUUAUUAAUAAACGCCAUUUGCCUCGAUUAGAAUGCCUACGUUUCCAUGAGUGUAAAAAUAUCUCAUCAGCAUGGUGCAGCAUUGAUAAAUGGAUUGAUUUCAUUUUCACUCAUAUUAAUGAACAUCAACUCAAAUAUUUACGUUUUAGUUUUAUCGAAAACGAACAGCUAGUGACUGAUAUGCAGACGGGUGAUGAAACAAUUACAUUGACUGACCAACCAUGCAUUGUUGAUAUUCAUCGACUUGUAUUAGAAAAUCGCAUCUCAUUUUGGAUCGAAAGAAAAUAUAAAUAA